ACAAAGCAGCAGGGUACUUAGAUAUCAAACCUCAUCUCUCAACCCUCCGUGUAUAUCUCAACGUUUUUAGUUACGUUCUCGUAGCUGCAUGGUACUUAGUCUGCACACAGAAUAGUUAAAUAGUACUCUUGCUGGAACUGUUAUAUAAAACAUCAUUUUGCGGAUGACCAGUGAUAUUAAACGGUGUUUUAUAAUCAAGCUACUCGGAAUGAAAUUGUUACAGUUUAUAUUAAUAUUUGGUUUUUGGACAUCUUUAACCGGUGGAGAUGAUCUAUUUGUUGAGUCGCAGUUGUGUAAAAAAUGUGAAUGCAGAAACAAAGAGGGACUAAUGGGCAUUGUAGUGGACUGUUCUAGGCGUUCAUUAAGAGCAAUUCCACCUGAUAUACCAGACAAAACAACUUGGUUAAUACUACAAGAUAAUUUAAUUGAAAAUAUAGCAGAUUAUACAUUUAACGGGACCAAACUUUCUUUUCUAGAUAUUUCCAACAAUCGUAUAACACGACUAAACCGUUUUAGUUUUUAUGGAUUGAAAACUCUGAUCAAAUUGGACCUUCACAGCAACCAUAUUAAUAUGGAACGUGAAAACUACCCGAUUGGAGUUUUUACUUCGCUUGUAAAUCUCCAAACUCUGGACAUAUCUUCAAACUAUAUAAAACCAGGAUUUAACUUGUCCUAUCCAAAUGAAAGCUUUGCAGGUUUGCUUUCUCUUGAAAGCUUAAAGAUGGAUGGCAUACCUAUUAUAGAACUUGAAAGAGGUUUGUCUAGUCUAACGAACCUUAAAUACCUGAGUUUCACAGGUAACUGUAGAACCCACCACAUUACGAAUACUUCUUUUAUCAAUGUUCCUAACAUAGAAAACCUGGUGUUAAGUAACUGUCAAAUCAGAAAAAUUGAUAGUUUUGCCUUCACCAUGUUUUCAAAAUUACAAUUUCUCGACCUCUCUGGUAACAGGCAACUUGGAUUUGAUGCCGCAACUUUACCUUUAAUAAAUUUACAUAGUAAAGCCUUUCGCAUUCUCAAUAUAAGUUCCAUUUAUGAAAACUUUGCUCUGGCGACUGAAGUAACUGGCGAACACUUUUUUUAGAUUCCAGCAUCUUAAUAUCACGGAAUUUUAUAUAGAUCAAAACAGGAUUCAACGCUUUGACGAAAUAGUUCUUAAUCACCUACCGUCUACCAUUAAAAUAAUAAGUUUUAGGGAUAAUGUACCGUCGU